AUUUGAAGAUGAGGUCAUCGGAUCCCUACAUGCCAUGCGGCAGCCAAGCCCGUACCGAUAAGACCCGCUGACGAUAACGCAGCCCCGAUGCUUCGUCUGGUUUGGACAGUGGCGACCCCAAAUUCAUCUGAGCUCGAGAACUCUUGAGCAGACUCCGGAUGUCUCACGGGUGGAACAAACUUCGGUCAUGGCAUAACCGUCUCUGCCGUCUAUUAAUGUUUAUUGCACCACCUGUCAACUUUACCUCCGCUUGCCGACACCUUCGGGAGAACUUCACCACUCCCCAUCAGUCGAGAGUCGAACCACUGAACGGAUGGAUUCUGUUGGACGCGCCCUCAGCUCAACCUGCAAGCCUCAAUGACAACGCAACCUCAACAGUCGAUCCCAGCCGGAAGUCCGACGAACAACACAGUUAGCCCAACGCACUUCACUAAACGUGUCCCCCAAUUUAUCUGCACAGCUCGGUGAUUUCGGCCAUCCUACGCACGCUAGACGGAAUUA